UCGCGGAUGUAUUUAAUUACAAAACGCUCUCUUUGUUUUGAUGGCACUUGCAGUCUGUCAGUCACUCAAGUCAACCCUCAUCCACACAGUCGUCGUGGUUGAAAUAUUUUAAUCAGUCAAAAUUGGUCGCGGAUCUAGCAAAUUUGACGUCACCAUGGCCAGCAGUUUCCUGCACAAGGUGGACAUCCCGUUCAAAAAGGCCACGUUCGCCCUGGGCUGCUUCUGGGCUCCCGACUCGAUCUACGGCGUCGUGAAAGGCGUCCUCCGCACUAGGGUGGGCUACACCGGCGGCACAAAGGCCGCACCCACUUACAGGGACUUGGGCGAUCACACGGAGGCGAUCGAUAUCGACUUUGACCCCAACACCGUCACCUACGAAAAACUGCUCAAGAUUUUCUGGGCCAGCCACAAUCCCACCUCAGCCUCGUCCAAACAGUAUUCCUCGUUCAUCUACUACCACGAUGAUGAGCAAAAGGACCUGGCGACCAAAACUCUGAAGGCAGAGGAGGCCAAGUCGAAGAAAACCGUUCUCACCAAAAUUAUGCCAGCAACAGAGUUCUUCGUUGCUGAAGACUACCACCAGAAGUACAGGCUGCAGCAGCACCGCGAGAUGAGCAAGCUGCUGGGCCUGUCGUCGACCGAGGAGCUGGUCAACUCGCAUAUUGCAGCCCGAUUAAACGGCUACAUCGUGGGCCGCGCCGGAGUGAAGCAGUUUGACGAGGAGUCUGCAGCCCUCGGUAUUGAUGAGAACCUGGCCAAGGAGAUCAGGAGGCUGAUCCAGAAAAACGAGGGUAACGGACCGUCUUGUUAAAUUCCAAAACGGUCAAUCCGUAUUAUAAUCAAACGACCAAAAAGCUUGUUACGAAAAGCCCACCAGGGAAAGUUACUUUGUGAUAAGUGAAUUUUUUGUUUUAAUCGCAUAUUAUAUGUUACACAGACGCUUCAUUCAAACGCUCAAAUAAAUAAUUGGCUGGGGCAAAAGACGUCUAUCUUUCUGAUAUCCUUAUAUUAAAUAAAAACCUGGAAAUUUGAUUUUAAAAAUAGA